GGAGAGGCGGGGCCUGCGACCCCGCUAGCGCUCCGGCAGCCUGAGGGAGGCAUCCUGCUUAUUUGCGAGAUCCAGUUGCCAAUCGAACCUCAGGCGGCGGCGAGUGCGUGGACAGCUGAAGGUGCCCGGUCAGAGGGUUCGAGGAUCCUGCGGGCGAGUGCACCUGCGGGCCCAGCUGGCAAUCAGAACAUGCAUCAUUGUUAGAAUCAUCACCCUGCAGCUGGCUUGGACAUCAGUAAAAGAGCUCUUCAGCUGCAAAUGGAUAGAAGUAUCUGGUAGUCUUGAAGACGGCGUUUCAGGGCCUCUACCUGGAGUGACACCCUCCAGAAACCCCUCUUGACUUCUCUGCAUCCUACCCCAUCUCUGCAGGUCACAAUUUGGGCUGUGUGUGAUCUUGGCAACUGGAACACAGACUCCUUCAGCACCUCCACCGAUCCCUUGUCUUCACUGAGCAGAAGACCACAAAACCUAGUUACUGAAGUGAGACAGCACUUUCUUGACCCUUCUUAGUACAUUCAGCACAGAACAAUAACUAGAUGCUACAGAGAUUACUAGAUGUUACUCACUGGUGCCCGGAACUGACAGGUACUAUAGACCUUGUUUCACAAAGAGCUACCCUCUAGGGAUUUCUGUGGGAUGUUUCUGAUAGAGACAGGUGUCAAAUUGCCUUAGGUCUAGGGACUUCGUUGCUUUAGGUCACACGUGGACACCUGCAGAACAGAAGGAAAUAUUUCUUUCCUUACUUGUAAUUCUGCUGUGGUUUUUUUUUGGUUCGUUCUUCUGUUUGUUUUUGUAGGAAACUACUACUGUAGUUCCUCUAGCAGCUAGAGGACUACUCAGGAUUUCUUUUUCUUCUUGAGUCAAUUGUGGUAAGUUAUAUUUUUCUAGGAAUUGGGUUGUUUGUCUGUAUUCUUAAAUUAAUUAGCAUAAAGUUUUCUUUUUCAGUUUUCUCUGCUAUAUAUAAUCUGAAACUAUGUCUCCUUUUUCAUUGCUGAUAUUGGUUAUUUGUGCCUUCUCACUUUUUUUCUUGAUCAACCUCACCAGAGGCUUAUCUAUUUUAUUAGUCUUUUCAAAGAACCAACUUUUGGCCUUGUUGCUCCUCUCUAUUUUGUCUUUGUUUUCUAUUUCUUUUAUUUCUGCACUUAUUUUUUUUGAUCUCCUUCCAUCCACAUUUUUUGGAUUUAUUCUGCUGUUCUUUUUCUGAUUUUUGAAAUUGAACACUGUGCUCAUUACUUUUUUUGACCCUUCUUGUUUUCCAAUCUGUGCAUAUAAGGAUAUGAAUUUACCUUUAAAUACUGCUUUUCUACAAGUUCAGAUAUGUCAUAUUUCAUUAUUGUUUGAUUCAAUUUCUUAAAGGUUGCCACCAUGGUUUCUUUUUGACCUGUCUAUUAUACAAAAGUGUGCUUUUAAAUUUUCUAAAUGAAGAUUUUUUAAUUUAACUCAUUGUUAUUGAAGUCUAUCUUGAUUGCAUUUUGAUUAAAGAAUAUGGUAUGUAUGAAACUCUUUGGAAUUUGAGACUUAUUCUAUGGCUUAGUAUGUAAACAAUAUUUUUUUAAUGUUUCCUAUGUGCUUUAAAAGAUAGUAUGUUAUCUAAUUGUUGAAUACAGAGUUCUAUGUAUGUCUAUUAUCAAGUAUGUUAAUUGUAUUGUUCAAAUUUUCUAUAUAGUGAUUGUUUUGGUCAGGGUAAGAAGAUUUGUGUAUAAAUUUGACAAUAAUGUAGAUUUGCCUACUCUUUGUAAUUUUUUUACUAUAUAUAUUUGAGAGUACUUUAUCAGGAACAUUCAAAUUUAAAAUGUGUUGUUAUAUGCCUGGUAAAUAUGUAAUUAACCUUCUCUGCUCCUAAUAAUGCUUUGUCUUUCGAGUCUGUUUAAUCUUAUAUUGGCAACAAAAUACCAUGUUCUAAUUAGGAUGUAUAACAAGAGUUCUGUGGUAUGUGAUUUUCUAUCCUUUUACUUUUCAACAUUUUCAUGUUCUUAUGUUUUAAUUAUAUGUUUGGGGAAUGGCAUAUAGCUGGUCCUUUAAAAAUCUAAUAUGAUUAUUUGUCUUUAAAUGGACAAAUUUAGUAUAUUUACAUUUACACCUUAAUUUAUUUUUACCAUCAUGCUUUUAAAUUUAUUUUUCCUACCAACACUUUAUCUAUGCUUAAUUUUUCUCUUUCCUUACCUACCUUCUUAUUUUUGAGAUUUGUGCAUUAUUCAGCGUUUUUCUUCUACUGUUUAGAUUUUACAAAGUUUUCUCUUUGUGGUUAUCUUUGAAAUUUUACCAUGCAUGUUUAACUUAAAAAGCCUAAAUAGUAGGCCAGAAAGAUUGUUCAAUGGGAUGAAUGCAUGCGUUGUAUAGGGGAGACCUAGGUUAAACCCCUGAUACCACAUGAUCCCCUUAGUACUGCCACGAAUGAACCCCAAGCACAGAGCUAGGGGUAGCCUCCAAGUACUUCCAGAUGUGGCCCUGACUCAUUCCCAGAAAUUAUAUGUAGUGUUUCAACCUCCCUUUUGAAGAUGCAGGAACCCUAGAAAUUUUCAAUCCUAGUCAGUCAUAUGACUAGGAUUUUCAUUUGACCAUAUGAUAUUGUUUGGAGUAUAUUUAUUUAUUCCUUCCUUUCUUAUGUAAUGCAUUGUUUUAUUAAUUAACGUGAUGUGAUUUUUAGUAUUUUUUCUUUUUCAAAAUUUUGUUUUAUUAAAGAACCGUAAAUUACAAAGUUAUUAGUAAUUGGGUUUUUAACAUUCACUGUUUCAUCACCAAUCCCACAAAAAGUGUCAACUUUCCUCUAUUGUGUUCCCAGAUUCCCUCUUCUGCCCAUCCACCCCAGCCUGCCAUCUUGACAGAAACCUUUUAAUUUGGUUAUGAAAGUUGAUUUUGGUGUACGGUAUAUAGUCUUGUGCCUGGUACCAUCAUUUUGGGAUCAUUUUUCUUUGUCAUGAAUAAAAUGUCUAGGCACUGUUUUGUUUGUGUCGUGCCAGGGAUAGUAUCCAGGGCCUCAUACCCACAAGGAAAGUGCUCUCCUAUUGAGCUAUGUUCUAGUCCAUGUGAAUAAAAUGUUUAGAUGCUCUUUUAGUACAGAUCUCUUGGUGUUAAAUUCUUCCAGUCUUUGUGAUAUGUAUAUUUUAAUACUUUAUCCUCAUUCGUAAAAGCAUCUUAAAAACAUUCCUAAAACAUUAUCCUCAUUCCUAAAAGCAGUUAUAAGGACUGAAGUCUGUUCUCAGUUUAAUUGCUGUGCUUUGUUUUCUUUUAUACUGAUUGCUUUAGGAUCUUGUGUGUUUUUUGAGGGGCACUGCAGGGAUUCUGCAGUUUCACCUUAAUGUGUUUACGCAUGCAUUCCUUUUUUAUUCUACUGGAAAUGUACCUCAUGCCUAUAAAUAUUUUUUUUUCCAAAAAAUCUCCAUCAUUUCUUCAAAUACUGCCUUUCUUCCUUUCUUUCUGUCCCCACUUCCCCAGAAUACAAUUAGUCAUAAUUUGGAUUUCAUUGUCUUUUCCAUGUCUUGUAACAUCUUAUUGCUAUAUUCUCUCUCCUGUCUGUAAAAACCUCGCUCUGGGCAGUUUCUUCAGCUAUGUCUUUUCGUUAAUUAUUUAUCUCUUUGGCUGUCUUAUUUUUUGUUUAAUCUGUCCACUCUGCUUUUUAUUUCAACAAUUGUAUUUUUACUUGUACAUGUUUCAUAUAUUUUACUUUCUAAUCUGCCGAGCUAUUCCUAAUAGUCUUUUUUUUGCUUAUCUUUGCAAUUGCAUCCAUUAUUUCCUAAACAUUUAUACAAUUUUGCUUCAACUAUUAAUCACUGUUUCUAUAAGUAAUUACAUUGUGAAUUUUUUCACAUUUAAACCUCAUAGUAAAGGCUGUUCACAUAUCCUUUGUUGUAUUUUUUCUUUUUUUUUUUUUUGCUUUUUGGGUCACACCCAGCAAUGUUCAGGGGUUACUCCUGGCUUUGCACUCAGGAAUUACUCCUGGUUGUGCUUGGGGGACCAUAUGGGAUGCCGGGGAUCGAACCCGGGUCAGCAGCAUGGAAGGCAAACGCCCUACCCGUUUGCUAUCGCUCCGGCCCCUGUUGUAUUUUUUUCUUAGCAAUUAAUUGUUUCUUUUUCUCCUUCUAGUGCUCUAACACCUUUACUAAUUCUUCUCUGAAAUUCUUUUUACAAUUUAAAUCAGGUUGGUUCGUCCUCUGCUCAGAAUUCUCCUAUGGCUCCCUAUUCCCUCAAAAUAAAAAAGCCAAAGCCAUUGCCAUGGCCAUUAGUCCCCACACAAACUGGUCUCCAUUUCCUCUCUGAUCUUAUCUCUUAUCAAGCUCGCCACCACUCACUUUUCUUCAUUCAUACUACCCUCUUUGCUAUUCCUCAAAUAUGUCAGGUAUCUUCCCUCUUCAGAGUAUUUAUGCUUGCUGUUCUCACUGCCUGGAACACAAUUUUCCCAGGUAAUCUGUUAAUUUACUCUACCACUUCUAGUAUUCUCAAAUAAUGCUGCUCUAAAGAAAUGUUCUUUGACCAACAUAUAUAGAAUAUUUCUGUUCACUAGCACUUUCUGUACCCUGAUCCUAUUGUAUGUAUUAUAUGUUUCUAUAAAGCACUGAUCAUUACUGGAUAUAACUUAUAAUUAUUUAUUGUGGUUAGUAUUCCUUUUCCUAAUAGAUUGUAAGCUUCACAAAGCAGGGACUUUCUGUUGCUGUUCAUUGUUGUAUCUCCCAGUGCCAAGAACAGUGCACAAUAAUAUUUAGUAGACAAUAAACAUUUGUGC